GGAAAUCCCACCACAAUCACAAUCAAUGUGAUCUGACAGCAUUAAAAAUCAAAGAGAAAAUCAUUCUACUGUAUAGAAACAUACUAUUUUACACUCUGUAUUCAGGUAAUAGAAACAUUUAGUGACUCGCUGUUGUUUUGAUAGAGAUUGUUUUGCAGAUAUAAUUUACAAGAAUGGCAUGAAAAGGAAUUUAUUGUAUAAGACCAAAUGCCUUUUUGUGCGGGAGGUCACACGGAUGUGGUCCAUGAUACCUAUCAUGAACUAUGAACAGACAUGCCAAAGACUUUGCAUAAAUGUUUGCGUAACCAAUUGUUAAUAUGUGUCAGACAGCCUUAAAAACAAAAUUACUUCAUUUAUCAUUUAUUUCAAUAUGAUGACAUUGUAUAUUUUCUUUAUAUAUGUAUAUUUUCUACAUGCAUUUAUGCAGUUAUUGUGAUAUGUAGUGAUAAUAUGUCUGUGAUAAACCUAAUUUCUUGCCAAUCAAGAUUUUUCAGUUUGAAUUGGGGAAGAAAUCAUGUUUUAAUUUUGUGUUUUAUGAGAUUUGAGAGUGCUUUGGCACCAUUUGUACAGCCUGAUGGUUGCAUGUUUGUGAUUCUGGCGACAUCUGUCUGUAUUCUGUAUUUAAAAAAUAAACUUUACACAGUUCCUCUCAGGCCCACUGAGAGGCAGUGUGACACUGCUUAUCAUGUGAAGUCUGAUGCAAAACAAAGUCUGUGAAAGUGAAAUAAGCGAUAUUUUUGGCAAAGUGCAUCUUGUUCACUGAGUGGUGGAACAUUUCUUUGUUGCAGGCAAUGGAUUCUAAUUUUGACAUACAAACAAACAGCAUCACUGAUUCAUUUACUUACAAUAUAGAUACAUUAUCAGAGCAGUGAUGGAAUAAAAGUUGCAGUUAUUAGUAGUUUCUUCCCAUGUCUGUUAUGGCUUGUUUCUCAUCUGGACUAUGAUUCCACUGACAGCAAUACAAAGUCUCACUGGGGAGGGUGACGUGGUCGACUCCUGGCUCUAAUGUGAAGAUGGACUCCAGAGAAAGAGAGGUGGUGUGACCUUUGGUUGCUGAUCUCGCAGCCAACCUGUUAAAUAUUUAUCUUGGAUGGCAGAGCUGAGACUUGCUUCUGGACUCAGAGUGCAGGAAUCCAGCAGGCGUCUGCAGACUGAUAUCUCAGGACAAGGAAACAUGGGAGUGGGAGCAGACAGAUAAACCUCUCAGGAGCUUAAUAGAAGCUUUGCACUUACUCUGUAGUUUCAAAAGCACAGCUGAUCUGUUGACGGCACCGUGGACUUAAAAAGGGAAAGCAGUAGCACUACUUCUCUUGGCUUUGAUGCAAGGCUUUCCUCAUACUGGAUACUUUUGAUGCUGGGCACAAGACUUUCAUAUCUGUCACGCAAGGACCAUAACAGAUCACAUGCAGUCUCAGCAACUUCAGGAAGUGGCUGGAGAUCCCAAUGGCUCCCGGGUUGUCCUGUCCAGGGAGCCUGGAGUUUCCUCAGGUCAGCAGAUCCUAACGUCUCCAGAGCUGACCCAUGAGGUGGUGAUCUCCCCCGGACUCCCCACGCCUCCUCUGAGCCCUUUUCGCUCCUCAAGGCAGCCAUUUGGAGAGGUCAAGGUUUCAGAGGUGAAUGGGGGUGGACCAACAACUCUCAGCUUUGGAUCUUACUAUGGCCCCUCUCAAUCACAUGGUGGGCUUUCCAAUGGCGUCCAGGGCUCUGCCACUUUACCACGCAGCUGGACCCCCACCAGGGAGGAGAGGCUCAUCAAGUUCUCAGGAAUCGGUCCUGUGGAUGAAACUGGGAUGCCCAUUGCCUCCAGAUCAAGCGUGAACAAGCCCAGAGACUGGUACAAGAGCAUGUUCAGACAGAUUCACAAGAAGCCAGAGGAACCUGAGCUGGAGGAUUCAGAGCGAUGGUCAGCUGAACGGUUCCAGUUAUCUGCCGACACAGAAGAAAGCAAUGAAGCAGACAAGAAUCUCUUCAGACUAACACCCUAUGGAGCUCUACCAGACUGGAGCGAGGAUGUAGAUAAGCUGUCAGACCCGGGAAAGCAGCACCCUCAACCAAGAAGCAUAUUCGACUUUGAGCCUGGAAAGAGCAGCACCUCAGAAAGCCGCAGCCAGGUUCAUGUAUCCCCGAGGAAACAACUUGAGACACCAAAGUCCCCUUCUAUUGAGGCCAGUCUGGUCUCUGAACUGAGUCGGUUUGAGGCUGAGCUGGACUCGGAGAUCCAGGGCCUGGAGAGGAGACUUUCCCAGAAGAAGCAGCGUCGAGGCCGGGGUGAGGAGGCCAGAGCCAGGGAUCCGGUAACUGCUCCAAAGACUGGGACUACCAACUACAGCAAUUUAUCAGCAGCAAAGCAGCCUGUCCAUCGCUCUACUGGCACACCACUGUCCUCUGCUCCCACAUACGUAGAACGUCUUUCCCCUGCAAAUGAAACCAUGGAGCUCCCACCUAAGAAAGAGGAGAAAAAGAUGAAAGCAGCGCGAGCCAAAUUCAAUUUCCAGGCUCAGUCACCCAAGGAGCUCAUGCUGCAGAAAGGCGACAUCGUUUACAUCCACAGGCAGGUAGAUGCCAACUGGUUUGAAGGAGAACAUCAUGGAAGAGCUGGUAUUUUCCCCACAUCUUAUGUGGAGAUCCUGCCUCCUACGGAGAAGCCCACACCUAUAAAGUCUCCCACUAUACAGGUGUUGGACUAUGGGGAAGCUGUGGCUCUGUUUAACUUCAACGCUGACCUGCCUGUUGAGCUUUCUUUUCGUAAAGGUGAAGUGAUCGAUAUAACCAGGCGUGUUGACGAUAAAUGGUUAGAGGGGAGGAUCUCAGGGACCAGCCGGAGCGGCAUCUUCCCAGCCAAUUACGUCCAGGUCAACAAGAUGCCCCGCACCAAACUCUCCACUGACGACUUCUCACCGGGCCCCAUGUCACCCGUCUCUCCUGGGCCCCAGAGUCCAGGGCGUCCACUCCACUCACCCUGCCCGCGGUCACCCUUAUCCCCUUUCACCCCCUCUUCCCUCAGCCCCAAACCCGAGCACUCCCCCCUGAAGCCGUCUACACCUGUACCUUACGGCAGCCCAGCUUCACAGUCACGCUCCCCCACCCAGUCACCUGUAUCCAAAGAAAUGGCCAAUAGGUGGCCCUCCAAAACUGCGUCACCCACCAACUUGAACAGCCACUGGGCCGGGACACAGUCAGCCACCCAGAGCUCCGCAGCUAAAGCUGUUUCACCAUCCACUCAGUCGUCAGCAUCCGUACACAGAACAGGAGCAACCACAGCGAACACUCCCAGAUACACUGACCCCCCACAGAGUCUGAUACCAAACCAGGCUGCUCGGACUCAUCCACACGUUAACUCGCUGCCGCCAACACGAGUGCCAAACAACCCUAAUUCAUCAGUGGUGCAACGCCAACCAUAUAAAGCUGUUUACAACUAUAAACCACAGAAUUCAGAUGAGUUGGAGCUGAGAGAAGGAGACAUUGUACAAGUGAUGGAGAAAUGUGAUGAUGGAUGGUUUGUAGGUACGUCAGAACGGACUCGUGCUUUUGGGACUUUUCCUGGGAAUUAUGUGGCACCUCUUUGACCUCCUCACUUCCCGCUUGCCUACAUCCACCUGGACUCUUAAGAGCCCAGACAGUUACUCACUCAGCUCUAUCCAGCAGUUCCUGCUUUGACACCCCAGCAUUUCUUUAUCCUAUUACCCCACCACACUCCAUAUGUCAGACCUGCACGUUCAGUCUGUUCCCCAGAACAGAGGUGAAUGCAGGGACAUUGAGUGGUUUUUCACCUCACCUCCCUGCAUGAGUGCAUGUGUGUGUGUGUGUGUGUGUGUGUUCCACUGAGACUUGCAGAGUGUUUUCACACACACCACUUGAGAGGAAAGAAUGAAUGCUGAUGAUACUGUUUCAGAUGCGAAGAAUGGACGUUUUUGUUCCACAACGAUUUGCAGCUGCAGGAAAUUUGCAUUCCUUCCCAGUGACCAGCACUGUUCCCUCUGAGGUCCUGAUACAGUAUGAUGCCGCAUUCAGCUUUUUGUCACCACAGUGCCAUCACAAACCACUGCUGAGUAUUUAUACAUGAGGACAGCACAUUUUUCAGACAUUGCGACGGACUAAUGUUUGCUUCAAAUAUCUUCCUCAGAUUUUCUUGCAGAUCUCUGAAAAUACCCUGGGGAAGAUUAAGGAAACAACACAAACAUCUGUAGAUGCGUGCUUAAAGAAAUGCACAGUGAGGGCUCGGACAUGUCAAGAGAAGUUUACAGCCUUUAGCAAGGCUAUGCAGAGGAGCAAAUAUAAUUAAUGCAUGUAAGCAAGUUGUUCAUUAGAAAGUAAUUGGCUUUUUGGAUGUUGCUCUCAAGCCAUGGAGUGGAAUGCCGAAUGUGAAAGUGAAGAGAUAGAUUCUGUGCUGUAAGAGAAGUUGCUUUGCUCUAAAAUAUAAUAUCAGACCUCUGUAAGUUGUACAAGAUCAGCUCUGUCGAAUAAGUUAAAUCUGGACAAUGCCUCCACAGCAAAUGGUUGAAUGAUCUUUUAAAGUGUUGGAUGUAAUGCUUUAUGUGCCAAAUCUUACAUUUCAUGACAUUUCUCUUUUAAAUUCUCCAUGAAACAAUCCCAGCUCACUUUAUUUCUGCUUUCAUGUUUUCUCUGCUUUCGGGGUUAACAUUUUCACUUUGACAGUAUUUCCAAAUCACUUAUAUUUGUACCAAUGCAACCAUUGACAGAUGUGACCUAAUUAGAAAUCCUUAACAUGAGGUCAUUUUGCAAUUUUAUAUGAGAUAUUCAUGAUUUCACUGUAAAAAAAAGAAUCAUAUUUAGUAGACACGGGAGAUGAUUGUACAGACUGUAACCUUUUAACAAAUUGAAAGUAUAAUAUAUAUUUGCUUAUAAAACAAUGUAUCUCAUGUAUGGUACGCAAUUUUUUUUAAAGCAAUUAAACAUUACAGAGUGAUACUGAGA